AUGGCAGACGCUCGCGACGACGAUGACGGUGAUGACAGCAACGACGGGCCGAUGCGGUUCGUCCAGCUGUACACGUCGCCAUCUUUCCGGGACCAGAGGUCGAAGCUCGUCACCCCCGCGGAGGACUGGGAUCAGAACCAUACGGACGUCUCCAAACACAAGUUUUCGCCUCUGGAGGGGCUCCUAGGGCGGUCGGACCUCCCCUUGCGGACCGCGGUGGGGGCCCCGGUGUACACACAGGGCCGCGAGCUGGGGGUGCUGGUUCUCUUCUCGCCCUCCCUCAUCCAGAACUCGGCGAGCACCAUGGAGUUCCUCUACACCCUGGCGCAGGCCGCCUCGGCCUCGGACACCACCGACGCGUUCCUCCCGGCCCUGGCGUCGUCCUUCCCCGUGGGCCCGGCGCCGCCGCCGCCGAAGGUGGCGCUGCGCGCCUCGCCCGCCUGGCGGCGGGGCAGCGCGCAGAAACGCCUCCGGCGGCUGGACGCGCUCCGCGCGUCCCUGCCGGUGGACGUGAUGUUCCAGACGCUGGCGAUGGGGGAGAUGCCCAACCCGGAGCGGUCGCUGCGCGCCGUGCGCUCCGUGUACAACGACGCCGGCGGCCGCCACCGAGUCGUUGUCGGGGCCGGGGGAUCGAUCCCGGCCGAGUUCUUCCGGCCGGGGGGCGGCGGGCUCAUGGUGGGCAACCGGAGCGGCGGGAGGUUCAUUUCCUCCGGGGCGCUCACGACUUCGGACAUCAACACACGAGGAGGGACUGCCUUCGGCGGCGGCAGCGGCGGCGGCGGCGGCGGCAGCAAUGCCAAGCGGCCGAUGACGCCGCUGUCGCUGGGGGCGGGGGCGGGCGGGGGAGGCAUGAUGCUCUUGGAGAAUGGGGCAGGUGGGGGCGGUGGUGGUGCUGGAAGCGCCAGCGCAGGCGGCGGCGGUGGCGGCGGCGGCAUGGGGUGGCUGGUUCUGCCCGGGGAAGAGGGAGGAGUUGGCGGGGAGGGAUCGCAGACGCCGGGAAAGCGAGGGUCCUUUCAAUCCAACGCCUCGGUGGACUUUGGCCUUAGCAUAGGCUCUGACGAGGGCUUGCUGGACUCGGAGGAGUACAGCCUGUGGGCAGCGUUUAUGAAGCCAGAUAGCCCCCCGCUGAGCCCUGCCCCGAGCCCCAGUUCGCAAGGGUUUUCUGUCAAGUCCCUGGACAAGGCAGGAGAGGGUCGAGACGGGGGGGUUGGAAGCGGCCAAGCGAAGCCGUGCAGGCGCUCCACGAGCUACCAAACGCUUUCGGAGCUGCUGAGCACCAACGUGGGAACCCCCGGCAUCAGCGAUGACGACGACGGCAGCAGCGGCGGCGUCCGCGACGAUGCUGCUGCUGCGGCGGAGGCGGAGGCGGAGGCGGAGGCGGAGGCGGCGGCAGCGGUAGCAGCGGCGUCUUCCGCAUCGGCUGACUUCUUGGGGUUGAAGCAAGAGUUGGUAGACGAGAGCCCCCUCAAGCAGGAGUAUGACAAGGACGAGGCGGAGGCGAGUUGGGGGGGAGCCGCGGCGGCGAUCAAUGGCGGGAGACAGAUGUACUCCAUUCAAACGGAGAAGAGAAUGUUCCCAACGUCGGAGACCUCCGCGAGCACGACGGCGGCAGGGUUCGGCGGUACCGGGGCGAUGUUUGCGGCGGCGGCGGGCGGCGGCGGCGGCGGCGGCGGCGGGAAUAGGAAAGGGUUGCCAGGGGCGUUGCUGGCCGCGCACAACUCGGCGGCAGCGGCCAAAGCGGCAGCCGCGGAGCGGCGGGGCUUCGUCGGGGACGAGCAGAAGCGGAAGCGUUUCGACGAGUUUAUCCUUGGCUUCCUGUCCAUGUCGCUCUUCCAGGCCGCAGACAUCUGGCUCCCGCUGUCACGGAACGGCGGUAGUGGCAGGGAGGGGGACCCAGCAGCACCAGCGGCAGGGAGCAAGGGGAACAAGAAGGUGUCGCGGCUGUUCUUGUACAACUCGAAGGUUCAGGACCCCGCGCUGGCGAAGUGGUCGAGCCUGAGCCGGAACGUGGUGCUGGCGAGCGGCGUCGGCCUCCCUGGAAUUGUGUUUCGGGAGCGCAGGCCGCAGUGGGCGGUGGACUACUCGCAGGUGGACUCGGAGCGCAACCCGUUAGCGUCGGUGGCGCGGCUGUUGGGCAUCGGCUCCGCGUUCGGCGUUCCUCUGUCGCUGGGCGCGGACGAAGAGUGCGGCGUGUUGAUGCUGUACUCCAUGUCCUGCCUUCCCCCGAGCGAGCUGAUGGUGGAGUUCAUGGAGAGAUCGACGAGGCUCCUCCUCGAAGAUGGCCCGGCUCCGACCACGGUGGUUCAGCAAUUCCGCGACAACCCGCCGUCCGCUAAAGACAUCGGCCGUGUCGCCGGGGCGUACCAACACCACGCACUAUGGGCAGAGCACCACGUGAGAUCCAACGGCAUCAACGGUGUCGGCGUCGGGGGCACGCGGCGGAGCGGCGGCGGUGAGGGUGUCCCGGGAUCGCUCGCCGCCAACCUACUGCUGUCGCAGGACGGCAGCGGCAGCUCCGGUAACGGCGGAUUCGGAGGCGGCGGCGGCGGCAGCAGCAGCAGCAGCAGCAGCAACAACAGCAACGGACGCUCGUCUCCCCUCAUGGCCGCCUUGCCGAAGUGCGCGGCCGCUGACUGGAGUGGUGACAGGGCCGCCCUCGCGGUGGCGGCGGUGGCGGCGGCGAGCGGCGGCCAGGGUGGCGGCUUCCGGCCGGACGGGGGCGCCGUGGCCUUUGUGCCGCCCCCCCCCGAGGAAAGGCCGGGGAGCAAGGCGUCGUCCGCACCCUUCCUGUUCAAUCGGAUUGAUCUGGACAGCCGGCCUCCGGUCGCCGAGAACAACGGCAGAGGUCCGCCGGUACCCCCGGUGCCGGUGCCGGUGGCAUCGGCAGCAUCGGCGGCGGUCGCUAGUCUUGAUUCAGAGCCGGCCGCGGGUAAGGCGGGUUGGUCUUCUCCUGCCGCUGCGAUGCAAUACGGCGGCGGCGCCGCCACCGCUCAAGGCGGUGUCGGGAAGCUAUGGGCCAGCGGGCGAGGAGCGACUACUACGGCCGGCAAGGGCAAGUCGAAGGCCCGCUGGAGGGCAUCAUCGGCACAGGCUGCGGCGCCCGCGCCGGCGCCCAGAAGAGCAGCGGCAGGUAGAGCAGAAGCAGGAGGAGGAGGAGGAGGAGGAGGAGGAGGAGGUCGCAAGGCUGCUUCGCCAGCGGGAGGUCAGCGAGGAGGCAAGCCCUCUGGCGGCGGCUCAGCCCCCCCGGCCUCGUCCGCGGCAGCGGAGCCCGCUGUCAGCGGCGCGUCGUCCGCCAGUACCACCGCUGCCUCAGCCGCCGCCGCUGCCGCCACCGCCGCCGCGGCUUGCCGUGCCCCGGGGUGCACCAACCCCCCGAACGGUCGGACCCCGUUCUGCUGGGACCACUGGAGCGCCGCGCGGCAGUGCCAGCACGCGGGGUGCGACAAGCUGUCACAGGGGAAUACCCGGCUGUGCAUCGCGCACGGCGGGGGGCGCCGCUGCACUCAUCCGGGCUGCAACAAGGGAGCCCGCGACCGCUUCUUCUGCGCGGCGCACGGCGGGGGCAAGAGGUGCUCGGUGCCCGAGUGCGGCAAGGCCGCCGUCGGGGGGUCGGACCUGUGCACGGGGCACGGCGGAGGAAAGCGUUGUCAGUUCCCCAACUGCCCCAAGAGCGCGCAGUCGAAGACGAACUUCUGCGUCCGCCACGGGGGUGGGCGAAAGUGCUCCAUCCCAGGCUGCCUCAAGGUGGCCAGAGGGAGGACGUCGCACUGCGCGGCGCACGGGGGAGGGGUCCGCUGCUGCGUGGAAUCGUGCAACAAGGCCGCCGUUGGAAGGGAAAGGAUGUGCCGAAGCCAUCAGAGAAGAUCCAAGAACGCAUCGGCUGCCGCGGCCGCGGCCGCGGCCGCCGCAGUCGCGGGGGGAGCCGAUGUUCCGGCCUUGACCCCCGGUUCCAUGGCGGCUCCUGCACCCGUCUCGGGUUCGGCACCCCCCGCAGCCGCGGCCGCCCUGUCGGUGCUGUCGGCGGCUGCGGCAACGCACAGCGUGAGCAACUUCCUCGGCCCAUCUGGAUUGGGCGGCGGCGGUGACGCCGGCAUUGGUGCUACACCGAUGCAGCAGCAACAGCAGCAGCAGCAGCAGCAGCAGCAGCAGCAGCUACUGGCGGGGCAAGGCCACCUGGUCCCGUCAACGGCAGCGGCGGCGAGUCGCCAGCCUUUCGGCGGCGUUGGGGGUGCUUCCCCCCCCCGCUGGGGAAUUCCGGUACGGGGCGGCGGUCGCAAGCGCAGCGCCGCCGUGGCCAUGGCCGGAGGGGGCCCCGCGGACGACAUGGGUUCCUUGCGGGGUGGUGGGGGAGGGGGAGGAGGGGGGGCGCAGCGCUCGUACCGACUGGCGUCGCCGUUCCCGCCUUGCUGAAGGGAAGGUUUUGGUUGACGAACGCGAGGCGUCGAUAUAUUGUCUAUCGACAGGGCUUUUUCGCAGGAAGGCACAGCGAAAGAGAAGACGCCGCCUCUAGUUUGCCCGCCUCUCAGUUGCCGGCGUAUGUAUGAUAGGAAGGGUAACUCCGUGGAGCCGGCACGACGGAAGCAUUGGCCUAGAUGCCGAGCAUGGCGAACCGUGUAGUCGGAGCGUGUGGUUCCUGGGGGACCGACGCCCUGCGCGCCGCCGAGGCGGCGGCGGUUGACUUUUUCGUACGCGAGACACACCGCAGGCAGGAUGCGGCGACCGACGACACGUCAGUCAUACCAUGAGACCAAUCAAGCGCGAGAGGAGAUACAUGUCGACUUUUUAUUUAGUUUUGAGUACGGGACGAACUCUUGAAUGUAGGAGGCCCAAUAGGGUGAAGAGAGAGGGAGAGGGCUACCGCUGCGCCCGCCGCCGCCGCCGCCGCAUCCACCGCCGGGCGCAAAAGGUAGCGUUGGCGAUGGAGGUCGAACCGUACGCGGCUGUCUUUGAUAACUGGUGUGUUUUGUUUUCGCUAUCGGAUACCCCCUCGCGAAUGUAUGUGUGGUGCUUUUGUACGCGUGGUCGGUUUAAUGCUCCCUGCUGUUUGGUGUUGGUUGGGUGGCAUUUUUUUUUUUUGUCUGGUCGUCAUUGUGUCUACACGCCGGAUGAGACGAUAGUACAAAACUCAAGGCUUGUUUUACUCUUCUUCUACUGCUGUGUGAUGUGUGACAGGGUAUCGUGAACACCGCCCUCCAGGCGGUUUGCUUUUUGUUUUUUGUGUGUCUUUUUUUUUACCCGUCUCAACCUUUCUCGGCAUGCACACGUCGGCGCGGGGGCUUUUCCUCCACCCUAGUAUAUUAUACCGAGCAUAUAUUUACGUAUGACGGCGGGGGGGCGAUUUUGUACAGAGUUUCGCCGUGCCAUCCUUUUCUGCUGUGGUUGGCACACCACCUCUGAAGCACCCAGGAGACAGCUAGCCUAACCCGCACGUGCAGUGUGCCAGCAGGUGGAUAAGAGGCAGUACGCGCUGUGAUGUCCGAAUUAUGCAUGCCUUAGUUCGACUGCCUUUUUUUUUGUGAUUUCGUUUUUGUCAUGUCAUGUGUCUCCUGGCAAGUACGUAGUGUUUCCCGCCUGCAUUCCUGCAUUCCUGCACUCCUGCCUUGGUUUUCUCCUACCCUCACUCCAGGUACCAUGGUAUUCAUAUCGACUGUUUUGUGAAGUGGUGUUGUAGCGAGACGUUGUCUGUCUGGCUUGGGUUUUGGGGUUCCAGUCUGCAUCCUACUACUUGGAAGUACAUUCUUUGCUUGUUCUCCGCGAUUUCUGGAAGCGCGUUUAGGAUUUUAUUGCGCGUCUCUCGUUGGACUGAUGAAGCAGCAGCAGCGGCAGGCAGGCGGCAGGCAGGCCAGCAGAAGCAUGCUGCUGCACGAACGAUGUGCGGAGCCGCGGGUGGGUGCCGUCCCCACCGCCGUCGGCGUUUCUACCCACGGGGUGCUCAGUUUUUGUGACAAUUUUUGUGGAGGUGGCAUGCGCAUCGUGACGAUAUUGGUGAGGUAUGCAUACCCGGGUGAUGAGCGCAUGUACGUACGAAACACACCUAGUUUGGGAUAAUAAUAAGUGUACGAAGCACACGGGCGUGAAGCUUUUUAGGGACUGUGGGAGAGCGGGGAGCGGUCGCGAGUAGCAGUUUGUUGUGCGUGCAAAGGUGGUGGUUUGGGGGAGGGGGGAGGGGGGGGGGCUGUAUUCAGUUUUGGAGCCGCUGAAGAGGCGAGCUUAGGAGGGAGGGCGAUAGGUAAAAGCCUAUCUCGGAAAUGGAGGUUGUAGCUUUUGGUUGGUGUAUCUCUAGGUUUUUCCUGUUUUGGUCUGUUGAAGGCCGCUUUUGCAGGAGGACACCCGCCCUCCCGCUGUUCACCGGCCUUUUUUAAGAGGACUGAUUUUGAUUGGGCGGUCUGUCGGAAGACAUGUUUCUAGCCAGGGGGUUCAACACAGCGAAAACAUAACGCAUCGGAGAAGAGUGAUGGAAAUAUAUCAAAAUGCGCGAGUACCAUAGUUCGGGACAUGCUGGUCGGUAAAGUAAGUUGCUCUGUUUUGCUUUUGACCUGGCAUAAUUGUGUGUUAGGCGUAGAUGACACGGCACUCCACCGUACGCCGCGCGGAUCGAUUUGUAAGCCUCAACUUCCUCGACAUUAGGGGGAAGGUGUGGAGGCUAACGAGGUACUGUACGGUAUCCUUACUUGGAAUUGUCCCGGGAAGAGCUCGCCAAAAACCUUUGUUGCCCGUGUCUGGUGUAGUUUCCCCAACGAGUGGAAUCGGGGGCAAGGUGAGAAGCGUUGUCCCAUGGCCGGUGAAUAUGCGGUGGUUUAACGUUGCGAUAUAGGGAGGUCGCGGCGGUAAUCAACCCUUUGGGAAGAUUUGUUGAUUGAUGGUUUGCUUCGUUGGUUUUUGUGUUUUUGUGCCGGGGGAACAGC